CAAUAUUAAUAGUAAUGAUAAACCCAGUUUUUCAAAACCAUUUAAAGUCCAUGCAAACCGGAGAGUAAAUGGAUCGAGCAAGAUUUAAACCAAACUCGAAUGAAAGCCUAUGGCAUAGGAUACAGCAAUAAGGGGAGUUACAAGAUCGUUGCUGCUUGUGGUCGGAAGGAACACCCCACCAAGAGAUUGUGGACAAUUCAUGACUUUGCCUCAAAUGUGUGGAAAGACCUCGAGUUAGAUUCUGGUAAUAUUAAGGAAGGGAAAACGCAUACAUUACACACCACAAGUGGUGUAUCGUUGAAUGGAGAUUUGUAUUGGAUUACUUUUAUUGGCAAGAUUGAUCCCGUGUACAGCGUAAUUGAAUUCCAUUCCUCCAGCGAAACGUUCUUCAUAUUUUGUGAUCUACCAUGUGGAACGACCAACUGUUAUAAAGAUGCUCUUGUCCUCAAGAUUUUUGAGGGAGAUCGAUUUUCAUUGUUAAAGCAAUGCCAUACAACAAAGAAGAUUGAAGUUUGGGUGAGCAAGAACAAGAUUGAUAAUAAUUUGGAUAGUGAAGAUGUGGAAUGGAUGAAGUUCAUGGAAGUGUCAAGUCCUAACUUGCCGGAUUUAGUAUAUCCUAGAUACUCUCAGCCAAGUUACUUCAUCGAAGAUAAAAGACUCGUGGUGUGCACUUGCGAUCAUACUGGUCGGGCUUGGAUCUAUGUUUUCGGGGAAAAUAAGCUGAUCAGUAAAACUCAAAUAGAUUAUGUGGUUGAUCUUUGGCCUUCGCACUAUACAUUUAUUCCCAGUUUGGUACCUGUUCCUCGAGGUCAAAGAGAAGAACUAGCAGAACUACAAGUUUAAAUUUUCGUACUUUUUUGGCUUCUUGGUUGGUGAGGAAGCUAAACUUGAUUUGGAUUUUAGUGUUAUAUUCACAAACCAUCUUAUUAAUUUGUUGCAACUAGAGAUUUUUUGCUAAUUUUGCUUAUUCCUUUUUUUUUGCAAAAUGAAUUCUUCAUUUCUUA